AAAAUAAAUAAAAAAAAAACUACGACAAAACAUAUUUGAAGAAAAAAAAAUUUUUUCAAGAGAAAAAAAGUGUGUGAAAGAAUAAAAGGAGAAAAACAAAAGAUAAUCCUUUUUUCAUUCGGAUAAAUAACAAGAAAAAUAGAAACAGACGUAUAUUUACAUCUCAUAAGCGUAUCAAGUGUUCCAUUUGUGGAUUUUAUUUUGUAUCAUCAAAGAAAAUAAGAAAAUAAAGUGCAAAAAAAACUUGACAACUGAAUUUGUUGGAAAAUAGACACAUUAAAAUAUCAUCUCAAAAAAAAAUAACUCUGAUGAUUAAGUUCUUAUCAUCGGACAGCACCACAAGAAAAAAUUUAGCAGACAACAAAGGAAAAGUACUUUUUAUUACGCAACUUUUAUUACUUUCGUAUUGAAUAAUAUUCACAUUAAAAAUUCAAACGAUCACAAAGAAAGAGCAAAAUAAAGAGAAAACAAGUGAUAAUAUUCAUCAUAAAAAAAACGUAGUGCGCUCCAGAAAGUUAAAUGAAAAUUUGUAUCAAAUAAAUUGUCAUUUUGAUUACAUCGUUGACAACAUUAUUAUUAUUAUACGAGAAAUAUUACAAAAUAUCAUCGUGAUUUCAGUCAAUAAUAAAAAUAAAAGAAAAAAAAAUAUUAAAUAAUAAUAAAAAUAAAACAAAGACUAAAAGAAAAGAAGAAGAGAAAUAAAUUGAUUUAAUACGCCAAUUAAGCGCGAACGAGAAUCAAUUAAUAAAGACGCUACUACUGAAGCAUUGUUAUUUUAAUUGUUCAAUCAAGUAAAAAAAGAAAAAUAAAAAUCUCUACAAAUUGAACGCGAUCAAGUGAAAUGCGUUUUGGAAUCGAAAAGUAAACAGAAGCCAAACGUUAAAAAUAAAAAACUUUUCUUUUCUCACAUAACAUAAAUUUUUAAAUAAAAUUUCAUCAAAAUGCUGGAUCGAGGACCAGUUCAAAUCGACAACGACAAGUUGCGUCGCGAAACGCGACUCUCCGGGUCACAUCUCAACAUUUCCAGCUUAUGCAGUGGCACACGUAACAAUAGCAGUACACGCAUCGCUCGCAACAGCAUAAUCGAUUCACAUAACAACACGUUGCCGCCACUCAGUCCACAGAGUAACAAUAAUUCGUCGUCGUCGUCAUCAUCGACAACGGGAACCAGCGACAGCGGAGACAGCAAACCAAAGUUACCAUUAACGCCAUCAGAGGUACUCAGCCUAUAUCGAAGCCAGUUGACAGAGUAUGAAAGACAGGAAAUUGACAAGUUCCCCGAAAUUUGGUAUCUUGGCUUGGAUUCUUGCAAAAUAAAUGCCAAGCCGGGAACAGCUCUUAAUUCUGGAUAUGAUGACGAUAAUGGUAGUUAUAAUAAGGUAAUUCACGAUCACAUUUGCUACCGCUACGAAAUUCUCGAAGUCAUCGGAAAAGGUAGCUUUGGUCAAGUAAUUCGCGCAUUAGACCACAAAACCAAUCAACAUGUCGCCAUCAAAAUUAUUCGUAACAAGAAACGGUUUCACCAUCAAGCCCUCGUCGAAGUCCGGAUUCUCGAUGAGCUACGAAAACGCGAUGCCGACAGCUCUCACAACGUCAUCCACAUGCUCGACUACUUCUACUUCCGAAAUCACUUGUGCAUUAGCUUCGAAUUGAUGAGCAUAAACUUGUACGAGCUGAUUAAGAAGAAUAAUUAUCAAGGAUUUAGCUUGAGCCUCAUUCGGAGAUUUUGUAACUCAAUAAUCAAAUGUUUGAGACUUUUGUAUCACGAGAACAUUAUUCACUGUGAUUUGAAACCCGAAAACGUUCUUCUAAAACAACGCGGCAGUAGUUCAAUAAAAGUCAUCGAUUUCGGCAGCUCUUGCUACUCGCACCGCAAAGUCUACACUUAUAUCCAAUCACGUUUCUAUCGGUCACCGGAAGUAAUUCUCGGAUUAUCAUAUGGCACGCCAAUCGACAUGUGGAGUUUAGGUUGUAUUUUGGCUGAAUUGUAUACCGGCUAUCCAUUGUUCCCCGGAGAAAAUGAAGUAGAACAGUUGGCGUGCAUUAUGGAGUUGAUCAAUUUGCCGCCAGAGGAAUUGAUUAAUCAGGCAACGAGACGCAGAUUAUUCUUUGACUCCCGUGGCAAUCCCCGAACAACGACAAACUCCAAGGGCCGCAAACGCAAGCCAGGCAGCAAAACGAUCUCACAAGCACUCCGCUGCAACGACACCUUAUUCAUCGAUUUUGUCACCAAAUGUCUCGAAUGGGAUCCCAAAAAACGCAUGACUCCCGAUGAAGCUGCCCAUCACGAAUGGCUCCAACCAUCAGCGACACCCACAUACAUCGUCUCCAAGACAGCUCGCGAACAAAGCAAGGAAAACAGCGAAAGUCAGAACAGCUUACUCCACAAAUACGGUCGAAAUCAACCAAUUACUCCGAAUACGAUCUUGCCUGAAAUUAAAACGCCGUCAAAUCGGAUCGGCCAAAGAUUUUCAAAAGAAAAGACCAAAGUGAUGACAACGUCAACUAGUGAUUUAGAAAUUGCACAGCAACAGUACUCGCUGCACCGCCUGUAUCAAGCAAGAACAAAUGGUACCAAAUACGGAUCUAGUCAUCACACGAACGGCGCCACAAACACAUCCGCUGGCAUGGCACACUCGCAAAGUACCGGCGACGUCACAUCCAUCUUUGGGAGGGCAUGACGUGGAACGCAACCGGAACACGUGAAAUUUAGUCAUUUUGAUGAUGCCACAGAUUUAUUGUAACACCUGCCUGUAAAUACGUUUACUAUUGUUAGUGAGGAGAUAAAUUUUUAAUGCAAGAAACAAAAAAAAAUUAAAUUAAAUUAAAAUUACGACGAAACAUGUUUUCCAUUAAUUACAAUUUAUGACAAUGAUUGAAGCCAAAGGUGGUUAAAAAUAAGUGUAGAUGUCAAAAACAGCUUAAAAUGGUCCAAAACGUGAUAAAAAAAAAUAAAAAUUAAUUUUUGUAGAAAUUACUCUAUUGGAGGAUGAAUAAGUUGCUGAUCCAAAGAGUUGAAUUAAUUAGUCAAAAAAAUAAAAUAAUAUUUUAAUCUAAAUAAAAUGAAAAUCCAAGACUGCUG